UUCCGCCUCCGCCCCUUAAAGGCGCCGCCGCUGCCGCGGAGCCCGGCCGACCGACUCGCGGUUCCGGCCCCCGCCCUCGGUAUGGAGGCCGCGGGGGGCCAGCUCGGGCCCGAGCCGGACCUUUCGGCCGGCGGAGCUGACCAUCCGGCGACGAUCUUCAGCGGCAGGACGUCCCGGACGCCUUCGGAGCCGCGCUCGAUCCCGACGGUGUCCGGGGAGGAAGAGGCCGAGAGCGUUGGGGUCGCGAGCCGUCACCCCCGGGCGGCCCCGAAGAUGUCGAGCGGCAGCAUCGUCCACCGGCCGGAGCUGGACGCUUGCGAAGACAAGCCUGGCUCCGGGGCGACGCCGACAGGGGCCGGGGGCCGCCGGGGGCCGCCGGGUUCCGAGCACGCCCCGCCCCCGUCCUCCUGGCCCCAGGAACCGGAGCCCAGCGAGGACCACCAGCCUCCCGCCCCGAGGGUCCGCCGUCGAGGGAGCCCCGGAGGCGUCGAGAUGAACGUGGAUCCAUCGCAGCGAGAGGGUGAAGACUACGAGGAGGAGGAGGAGGAGGAAGCGGCGGCCGCCGGGAGGGCUGGCCGCUCCUUCCCCAGCCGCCUUCAGGACAGCCGCAGCCUGGACGGGCUGAGUGGGGCGUGCGGCGGCGGCGGCGGCGGCGGCGGCGGAGGAGGAGGAGGGGGAUCCUCGGCGAGUGGCGAGGCCGGGGCGGGUGGAGGACGUCGCGCCACCAUCUCCAGCCCCCUAGAGCUCGAGGGCACGGUGAGCCGCCACGGCGACCUUACCCACUUCGUCGCCAACAACCUGCAGCUGAAGAUCCGGCUGAGCGGCUCGGCGCCGCCGCUCGCCCCUGCCUCCGCGCGGCCCUGCCUCACGCCCGCACCGACCCCUACCAUCCCUCCCAUCGACCCGGACGUGCUGAGGGAUCUGGAGCGGCUGAGUCGCGAGCUGGGUGGCAGGGUGGACCGUCUGCUCCGCGGGCUGGGCGGCGCGGUGCAGGAGCUGACGGCCCUGAGCGUGGGCUGCAUCCAGACCUACCGCGACGCCGUGGACUCCUUGGGCGAAGCGGUGGACAUGAGCAUCAAGGGCAUGUACACCUUGCUCGCGCGCUGCGAGGAGCUGGAGCGCGCUCUGCAGCCGGUUCAGGGCUUGGCGCGUCAAGUCCGAGACAUCCGGCGCACUCUGGAGGUGUUGGAGGCCCUGUGCAAGUGACCAGGAGCACGGAGGUGAGGCCACGCCUAACCUGGCCAAGCCCAGGGUCCAGUAAGGACCCUAAGGAUUCUUCAAGGAGCCCUGGAGGAAGCUGCCUGCUGAGGGGAGGCCUGCGCACUGGAGGUUCUUCCUCCGGCAUUUAGGUGGCCUGUGCCGGUUCUAAGCCUAAGGGGUGUGAAUGGGGGAAAGCC